GGGCUACCUGAGCGCGCGCCCGGCUCGUGCCCCCCCCCCAACCGAACCCAGCCGGCCGCUCGCUCAGAUUCUGAAUCUUACGACAUUUGAGAUUGGCGAUGAGCGGUGGCCGCGCAGCCGGGAGCUGCUGAGGGCGGGCGACGAGGCGCGGCCGAAUGAGGGGGAGGAUUCUGCCCCGCGGCCCCCCCCCCUCGUUGUGGACGGGGGAGGAUGCGGCCAGGCUUGUUGCGGCGCUGAACGAUGUGCAGCUGAAAGCGAGGGAGCGGGCCGGUGUCCUGACCAGCUGCCUGAACAAGCUGGAUCGCUGGCAAAACCAGGUUGCAAACCGCAAGAGGAAGAAAGAGAUGCAGCAGACGGGGGCGAGCGGCGGGAGCCUCAGCAGCGGCAACGCGGGCAGCGGGGCUCCUCUUGGCGGGGGGGACGCAAGCCGGGGCACCGCCCCGGGCCCUGCCAAAAAGCUGCGGACUUCGCUGGUUGACGUCGGGGCGGCGCGGCCGGCAAAGGGCAACUGGGGGUCUCCGCCUGCGGGGCGGGACUCCCCCCGGGGGGUGACGAACUCAGCCAAUACGGAGUCGGAGGAGGCGGGGGAACUAGAGUGGGAUGGAAACCGGAGCAAGAAGAAGCGGACCCGGAAGAGCGACGCCAACGGGGACGUGAGCUGGCACGAGGAGCCGUCGAGGGCGGUGGGCAACAAGGGCGAGAGCAAAACGGGGAAGGUGGGCAAAGUGUGGCUCGGGAAGAGCUCGCCGGGAGGGGGCGGUUUGAAAGGACUGGAGAAAGGCGUCGGGGGCGGGGGGGUGCCUAGCAAGAAGCGAUUUGCAGAGUCGCCCAGCAAGUAUGUGGCUCACGGCGAGGGGCAGGGGUGGCCGAGAGGGGGGGUAGAAAGAGAGGAGAAGCUCCUUCCCCCCGGGAAGGAGCGGCCGCUCGAGAGGGAGGGCGGGGUGGCGAAGGGCAUGCGAGGUCCGAGGACCGGCGUCGGGGGGCCGAACGCGGCCCAUUUGAUACGGCUCAAGUCGUUUACAAGCGAGGGGAGGAAUCAGGAGAUGGGGCAAACUCCCAGGGGGGUAGUGAAGAAGCCGCCGCCGAGUGGGCCGGUGGGGGGGGAACGGAAGAAGAGCCCACUGGGGGGGGAGAAAAAGCGCGCGGCAAGCCGGUCGCCGUCGCCAAGCCCCGGGUAUAAAAACCCGAACAAGGUGGCGCGGCUCGCGCGGACAAACAGCGCGGCGCUGAAGAUGUUGAGGGACGAGUAUAUUUACACUGCGGAGAAGCCGUUUGCCUGGGGCAAGGAGAAGAAGGGUGCGAAUGCGAAAGCGCCCCCCACCGGGGGGGACUGGCGGAAGAGCCCAAAGGGGGGGGUGCUGCUGAAGGUGGAGAAGGAGGGGCUGGUUAUCGAGGCGCCCGACGGGGCACACAUCUCGGUGCUGAAAAAGAGCCACAAAAAGGGGGGGAGCGCGCAGUAUCGGAAGGAGAUGGCGGCGAUUGCGAACCGGUUCAUGCUGGACCGGAACGCGGGGUUCGACAUGGGGGCGAUCCGCGAGGACGAGGGCGGCGCCGGAGAGUCGACGCCGAAGAAAAAGAAUUUCGCGCGGGGGGGGACCGUGAAGCGAGGAGGUCGGUCCAGCCGGCUCGGGCGGCAGUUCAACACGGGGCCGGCCGACUCGUUCGAGCCACCGAGCAGCCGGAACGGCGACGCGACACCGAGCAGUACGGAGCACGACGGGUUUAACCGGGGUUUGGAAUCGGGUUUGGACAGCUGGGGCAAGCGCAAGCGGACCACCCGGCAGGGCCCAGACCGCGCCGCAAAGAAAGUGUUCGUGGGGGGUUUGCAGGACGACUCCGAGGCGGAGUCGGACGAGGAGAUGGAGAACGAGCUGGUGGUCGCAUUCGAGACGCUGCCGCAGACGCUGCAGGAGCGGCUGAGCAGCGACUUUUGGCGGGAGGUCGAGCCGUACUUUGCGUUUCUGCGCGAGGAGGACCUCGCGUUCCUGCGCGAAAACUUCCGGGAGCUCAAGGAGGGUGACGUCGUGCUGAGCGUGCCGCGCUGCGGCGAGCACUUCCGGAAGUUAUGGGCGAACGAGGACCAGGCGGGGCGGUUCCUGUUAGAUGACAACCCUAAGACUCCGGGCCCAGAUUGCGAGGAGCCGCCAGCCGCGGAGGCCUGGCUCCAGAAGGCCGGGAAGGUGUCGCUCUCACAGCGCCUUUUAGCGGCGCUGAUCGACGUGGAGGAGCAGAUCGAGGGGGAGCAAGUGGAAAAGCAGGCUGCUUUGGCGUUGCCGCCAGCUGUCGACCCCCCCAAUCCAACGAGCCCCCCCAUAAGAGAGCCCCAAACGCACGAGGACGCAGCAGACAAAGACCCCCUUCGCAGUAAUGGGCCUUCAGAUGGGGGCCCGAUCGAUACCGUCGAAGAGCCCUGUACAUUAAUGCAAGAGGAGACGCCCGCUGAAAAGGGCGUCGGAAGCGGCGGGAAUUUCGGAGUGUCCGAGGAAUCGGCGAGCGCUAUUCCUGGGCUGCCCGAGGUUUUGACAGGCGCGGGGAACGUCCGAGGCGGAACGGGGGCUGCGGAAUCGGCGGCGGCGGAUAGCAGGGGUUUCGACGACAGGAUACAACGGUCCGCGGAGCCGGGAGUGGAGGCGUCGGCGAUCGUCGCGGAACGGGGGGGUACUGCUGACCCCCCCGAAACGGUUCAGGACCACGUGGCAAUUGUGUUAGAAAGCGACGAUGAAGAUAUGGACAUUGUGAAUGUGGUCGAGGGGGGGGUGGAGGAGAAGGCGAAGGGGCCAGAGGGCGCACCGGAGCGGAGCGCGUGGGAGCAGAAGUUUGAUGCGAUGACGUUGGAUGAGAGGAUACAGUGGGAGCUGCAGAAUAUUGGGCUGGUGGACGGGAAAGAGGAGGAGCCCGAGGCGCGCGAGGACGACCCUGUCUGCUUCGAGCUGCGGUCGCUGCAGCGGCAGUUGAGAGAGCAGCUCGACGAGGACAACGCGCGGCUCGGGGCGCUGGAACAGCGGGCAGCCGCGGAGCGCCCCAAUGAAGAGCGGGAGCGCGAGAAGUGGGCGCUGUUUCAGUUCCUGGAGAAGCUCUACGAGCGCCGCAAGGGCGCGCGGGCCGGGCUCGGCCCCGGGAGCUCCAAGGGCGGCAAGGGCGCCGCCCAGAAGAAGGUCGCCGCGAAGGAAGCCUUCCUCGCGAGCGCGCGGCGCGCGCUGCGCAAGGUCGCGGAGUUCGAGGCCGGCGCGAGCGUCGUGCCACGUGGCCUCAACCGCAAGUGGGAGGAGAAGGCGCGCGCGCCCGCGCUGGAGGACGAGGAGCCGGCCGCGACGCCGACGGACGCGGCGCGGCGCGGCCGGAAUUCCGCCGGCGGAGCUCCGUUGGCCGUCAAGGACGACCGGAAGGCGCGGCAAGUCGCAGGCGAGUACGCGGUGCAGGAGCUCCCGGUGGUGGCUAGCAAGGGCCAGCGCACGCGGAAGAAGCCGGUGAACAAGGGCAAGCGCAAGACGCCGUUCGGCGAGGUUUUGGGCGGCGCGAACGGCACGUUUGGCGGGGAGAAGGAGUUGGACUUGGAGCGUAUGCGCGAGCGCGAGGCGGACAUUUUGGCGGAGGCGCAGGCGGCAGCGGCCGCCGAGGCGGCGGCGGCGCGGGCGGAGGCCGAGCAGCAGGCGGCCGCGCUCAACAUGGGCCCCUCGAACUUUGAGGACAUGACGAUGGACUUGUCCGCGCUCCCGCUGCCCGACUUUGCAGGGUUGGGCGACGAUGCGUUUGGCGGCGGGUUUGAUAUGGACUUUGGGCUAGGAGCCGACCAGUUCAACGAGCUCGCGGAGCUAGACAAGAUUGGGUUGGACGACUUGGGCGAUAUGGGCUUCUAGCGGCGGUUAUCAGAUUACUUGUAAAUCUGCUCGAGCGUUUCGGGGAGGGUUGGGAAUAGGCACCGGUGAUGGGUAUGUUGGUGCCGGCCGUGAGGCGUCGAGCGCUGAAUAAAUGUCGAAUAUGGUCGCUGCGCCUGUAGAUUGUUGAGCUCCUUUUAAGGAAGGGCCCUUAGGUUCGGUAGAUUGAUCAAAGAACUGUUGGCUGUCCCAUGUCGCUAUUGCUGGUGAAAGCCGCUCCAGCAAUGGUGGUCCUAGUGUUUGUCUCUCGAGGUGCUUUUGCUCGGAUAAGCGACUUGGCAGUAGAAGCCCAAAGGUUUUAUGCUGAUUCAAGAGGCUUACAAGAUGUAGCAACGAGCCAGCUGGACGAGUUGAUGUAACCCAGUAAUGCGGAAGUCCCCUACUGCAAAGGGUCGAUUCUCGACGUCUA